CUAUAAAUAUUUAUAAUGUUAAUUCUUCAUUAUUGCACAUUUCAUUUACAUAUACUGCAUGUAAGAGCGUUCAAUUAUACUCGAGUGAUUUCGAAUAAUAUAAUUCUUUCGUAUCACAAGAUCUUAGUUCUCCUUAACUAUCAUAAAGAAGGAAUCAAUCAGGAAUAGAAUAAAGCAGCGUCAAAUUUUCACUCACUCAUUCAAAAGUAUGUGAAAGUAUACUUCUUGCGCAAGGUGUAUAAAUGCUGUUAAUAAAUACUUUUUUUUAUAUUCGUGGAGAAAUCCUCAUGAACAACCGCCGCUCUUCUGAGAGGCGGUGGGGUAAUGUCGGACUUAUCGACUAAAACCCCACGGUGGCCCGCUUGACGCUCAACAGAGGUGUUCCCAGACUUUUUUCUAAUUGCUUCCGGAGCACUUUAGCGUCCUCUCAUUCUGAGGGAGCCAUCACUUAGAUUUAGUUCGGGCUUUCCCCUGGGCCGUCGUGCAAGCCUGAGGAGAUCCCAGAAGCUCCUCGGCGUGACGACUCCUAUGACUAUUUAGGGCGGCGCGGAACACUACAAGAGCGAGAAUUUCUCACCCUCUCCCGCUCAGCCCGCUCCUUUGCGAGCAUUACUUCUUCGCAUUAGAAGCGGACUGCGAGGAACUCCUGUUGCCCCCUCAGCAUCGCUUCCACGACUGACGAUGGGUCCAAACUCUCGGCAAUCGCUAGUCGUAGAACACGGCGGGAGAUCUCCCACGCCGGACAAAACUCCAUCAUGUGCUGGACCGUGUCCUCGUCCUCUUCAAAGGUGAUAGGUGUUCAUUAGCUCUUUUCCAAUUUUCUGUACGUGCUCAUCGAAUACUCCAUGCCCGGUGAGCACGGGCCUGAUCUUCAGCUCCCAUACCUCUCGCCUAGCUCCUCCCCGAACGUCUUGAGCCGCCUAUCCGGCGAGGGAUGAGUCCCCGCCCGAGCCCAGGCCCCUCAGGUUUUCGUACACCCGUCAGAGCGUGAAGGCCUGAAGCCCAAAUGGUGAAGAUGCCGCCAGGACAGAAGUCGACACAUGAGAUACCGUCCGGUAUCCCUUUAUGAUCCUGAUGGCGGUCGUCCUACGCAACAUCCUCAGCAAAAGCAGACUGUGAGGAUGCGUCAUCAGAUUACCUGCUCACAUCAGAGCCCUGUACAGGAUUUGAGGACGGACGACUCCCUCAUAUAGUCGGCGCACUCCGACCCCGGCUCCACCGAUAUUCGGCAGCAAGCCUCAUAGCUGUUGAUAAAGACUACCGUGGCGUUAUUAUGCCUGUUCGGUUUGGAGGAGAUUCGUCCAAAAAAGUCUGUGCAAUAUUGCCCUUAAGCUUGAAAACAAAGAUAAGGACAUUAACUUGUCUGCUUGCAUCAUAUCCCACUCUCCGCGAAGAUCAACUUUACGAAAGGAAUCAUGGGUCGCAACUCUAUCGUUCUCUUGGAAGAUAAUAUUGACUUCUCAUUGGCUCUUCCAUUAAUAUUGUAGUAUCGUAAACUAUUAUAAUUAGUUUAUUAAUGAUAAAUGGAUUAACAAUUCUCGUCAACGCAAAUUCAACUCUCUCCUAACAACACUAACAACACUAACUGGAUAACACAAUCUGCACUCUCUGACAUCUCAACUCGUACUGCUGUUAAUUCGUCUAUUGUCCCCCAGCAACCCCUUGUCUUUUGUCAUAGCCUCACUACGUACAUGUUCAGCAACCGCUUGUUUACAAUCCGCAUGACACCCCCCAGGCCCCUCGUCCACGAUACUACAAUAUUAUAUAAUAUAUGUCGGAGAUGAAAGGACAUCGGGGCCUUUCUUUUCGAGCGAUUAGGAAAACCAAUACCCUAGCCCGGACUUUUAUUGUAGCUACCCUUAAGCAAUAAGAAUAGGAAAUAAUUGUACGACGCUAAUCCGAUUAUGUGUAUUCAGGGUUUAUGACGAUGUGCUUGGGCUCGAGGUGACAAUGAGUCGCCGAACGUAGCCGCGGUCACGGGACGCACAUGUAACAACAGAGGUAUGAAAUAAUUGUGCAUUUCUCCUUAAAAACAAAAAUUGACCCGAGAGAGGGGGAGAGGACUAUAUAAGGACAGUUCCAUUUGUACUGGGAGUUAGUUAGGUAUCGAGAAAGUUACGGAGUUAGUUAUUAAGAGAGUCAUUACGACUAGUACGUGGAGUCACACCAGGAUCGUGUAUCAUAUCGGAUUCGUCUUCCCGUGGCCGUGGAUUCGUAUCGAACCUAAAUUCAUUGUCAUCGACCUCUCGUUUGUUCGAUUGCCAUCAUUACCUGUAACCUCUUGUAAUCAUCACCUCGGUACCCAUAACGAUCAGCUAGAAUACCUAACCACGAUGGUCAAUUCUAGUGAAGGUUCAUCAGACGCCCAUACUUUAAAUCCUUCUCCGACAUAUAUAUGUUCAUUUUUCAAAGAGAAAUAGAGAGUAAAUACCGCGAUAUUAAUGAGGAAACAGGUGUUCGACAGCUGUAAAUUCUCGUUACGAUACGAUAAUCGACGCCACGAGUCAGUCGAUCCCCAGUUUCAGUUAAGAUAAUAGGGCUGGUUAAAAUGAUGAUAACACUAAUUUAACAGGUUGAAAUAUACAUUUUAUUCCAACAACUUUGAAGAGUUAAGUAUUUACGCGCGGUGUAGACGUGUUCUCAAUGAAGUGUAAAUAGCAAGUUUAAGAUGUUGACCGGACAAAUAGGUAAUACCGAGUUAAGAUGUUGACCGGUCAAAGGACGUAAAACCAGUGAACUUUGGUGAUGGUGCUGUCGCGGAGAACUAGUGAUGGGUGUGCCUAAAGCACGGAACAAGAGGAUUCGUUGAUGGCAAUUUUGGUUAGGAUAGUGAGGGCAACGGUCAUUGCUGCUAAUUGAAUAAAAACAAAACUGCUGGAUAAGGAUGGGUGCUGGCCACCCCAAUCGCUCGUGGGUGGCAUUGUACAUGGCAAAAACUCGCUUUCUCCUGUUUUCCCGGAAUGGACAAUAAGUCUAAGAAAUGCUUCAACUUAAAAGAUACUUGUGUGGCCGUAAGGGCCACUAUAAAGAAUACUAAAAUUUAUGAUUGAUCCUUAAGAUAAUUGAAGGUCCGCAACAAGGGUGUUUAGACAUCUGGUGGUCAUCUUGCCCGAGGGAUAAAGUCUGGUUUAUGUGGAGAGUCACGGGAAGUAACAACAGGAAAAUAUUUCUUAGCGCGUGAAAUAAAUGGAAUGGACUCUAAAUGGAAUGAAGAACUUAAUGUUUAUGAUAUCAAAAUAUUAGAAAGGUCACUACUAUACGAAGAAACUGUUUUUCAAGAGUUAGCGUCGAGACUUGACGAUUUGACGUUAAUAGCCUUUUCGCAAAUGGAUAUGUAAAGAACAUGUGAUACAUGUGAAACUCAUCGAAAUGGGCUGCUUUUUGAGAAGUCGAACAAGAAUAAUAUUUUUAGGCAAUGAAAUUGAAAUAUUCACAAAGAGUGGAGUUAAUUCUGAGAAGGUAAAUGACUUUAACCUUUACUAGAUAACCGUUUUUAAAGCUCGCAGUUCUGCCUGAGCAGAAUGGAAAAAUUCAUAGAGACAUUCUGUGCGUAUGAGGCUGCCAACUACUCUCUGUGGAAAGCUACGAACAAAAUAAAGAAGCCCAUAAAAUUAAUCCCAGCAAUCGGGAAACCUGACAACAGAUGGGCCAGAUGCAACGAAGAACAAGCUGAAGAAUUUUCCAACCACCUUUGUAACACAUUUACUCAUUCAGACGAAGGUGCUCAAAAUACAGGUACCUCGACUAACAAGCAUAACUAAUAUAACAGCACAAGAAAUUAGAAUCAUAAUCAAGAAAACAAAAAAUAAUAAAACACAAAGACCUUGCUACAAAAGCAAUACGUUUAAUCACAAUAAUAUUCAAUUCAAUUUUAAGAACCAAUACUUUCCUAAUCUAUGGAAGAUAGCACAGAUCAUAAUGUUAUCUAAGCCAGGCAAAGACCCACGCCAAACUGCAUCUUACAAACCAAUAUCGCUACUUGCUGUGUUUUCCAAAUUACUAGAAAAAAUAAUAUAUAACUGUCUAAAACCAACAAUAGACAAAGAAAAAUUAAUACCAGAUCACGAAUUUGGAUGCAGAAACAAGCGGUUCACGACAGAGCAAAUGUAUAGGCUCGUCAACGAAAUUUUACUAGCGAUAGAAAAGAAAAAAUACUGUACAGCCCUCCUCAUGGACAUCGAGAAAGCAUUUGACAAAGUGAACCAUGAAAGCCUCUUACAAACAAUCAAAAAACAUUUCCCAGGACAAAUCUACCACUUACUCAAAUCAUACCUAAUCAAUAGAACGUUUGUAGUAAAAACAAAGGACGCAUAUUGUGAAGUUAAAGACAUCAAGGUAGGGGUACUGCAGGGAAGCGUCUUAGCACCCACUUUGUAUACAAUAUACAAGGUCAACGUACCAACAAUUACCAACAACAAAGUACUGACAUUGCAGACGAUACGGCUGUACUAGUCAAGCAUAUUAAUCCAGACACUCCUGCUCGGGCAACCGAGGUGGAAGGACGUGUCUAGUCGGUCGUGUGCUCCGGUGAAGCGAUUCAAAGAAGUGUUUUGAAGAGAAAUAAAGUUAACUAAUAGUGAUAGAGAGGUGAAGUUUAAAAAUGCAGCAGAUACCAACAAUAAAAAUUACAACCAAAGGAGAAAUGCACUAUAUAAGCAGGUCGGUAGAUUUACCAGGCCUAAAGCAACAACAGCAAAGUAACGACAACCAAAACGAUAUGGCUAUAGAAGAAACGGAAGAGCAGUGGAGACAGGAGGAGUGCAACCACGAUAACGAAAGAUAUUAUCAGGACGAAAACUGGAAGCUAGCAAAGACAAACAAAAAACGUAAAACGACACCAGGCACAAGUGCCGCAGGAAACCUAGAUACAGAAAAGCAGCGAUGGCUGCAAGAAUUACCAUUAAGAAAUUCCUUCAGCUCAUUAACGGAAGAAAUAGACGCUGAUCCGACAAGUAAAGCCACAACUCAUUCAAGUCACAUUACAAAAGCGCCACCAAUAUUUGUCGAGGCACAAAGAAUAGACCCGCUUAUUGAACUACUAAACAAUAUAGUCGGGAAGAACAAUUAUACAAUAAAACAAACAAAAUUAGAUCAAUGA